AUGAUCCCACCGGAGUUGGGUAGAAUUCUCGAACUGGAGGAGAACUAUGGUGCGUAUCGCAACCAUUUGCGAAUGUUGAGAGAGAAGGGGCAACCCGUGUUGCCUUUCAUAUUUCCCAUUUUCAAAGAGUACCAGAUGUCCGUUCGGAUCCUCCAACAGUUCGAACCAUCCUCCCCCCCAUACGAGACUUAUUUGCGGAGGGCAACAUCGAACGCUGAUGACUUGCUCUCGUUCAGAUCAUACACUGCAAAGACGGGAGUCGUGGAGAGAGUCGGGAGCAUGUUCAAGUUCUGUAUAUGCUUUUAG